AUGGGUAUUCUAUCUACUCUCUUAAGUAAAGUCCUUCCUAAAGCAUUAAAUAUCUUUAGUUAUGCUGGUCAAGGUAUAGUUCAAGGAAUCCAGAAAAAUGGUCUUGAUGGUUAUAGACUUCAAUUAGCUGGUUAUUCUAUUCCUAAUAGUGAUUUUAAUCCUUUAGAUGGUCCUAUAGAUGAAAAUGAUGCUGGUGAAGAACAAGUCUUACAACAACAUGUUGGUGCUAAUAAAGAACAAGUUGUAGCUGGAUUAAUUGCUGCUAGAGAAAUGUCUAAUGCUGUCUUGUAUAGUUCUCUCACUAAUUGUAAAACUGAAACUGUCACAUUAGAAGCUAAUUUAUCUUUCUACUAUUCAAAAACAGCUAAAACAGGUACUCGAAAGGAUGGUGUUCCUGUUAUUAAUUAUAAGGAUCAUGGUUAUACUCAUCUUAUUCCUAAAUUAUUCAGAAAUUAUGAUUCAUUAAAACGAUAUGAUGCUUUUGUAUUGAAUAUGGUUAUUGUUCAAUCUACGCAAGCGUCAACAAGUAUCACUGGAACUAUUGUUUCUUUCUAUCCUUUAACUAAAGACACUAGAAAAUUAAAGAACUCUGUUGUUAAAAGUGCAGGAAAUCGUCAGGAAUCAUCAACUUACAAUAGAAUUUAUUAUGUUAUCCGAAAUGUCACUCCUGGAAGAUUCAAAAUUACUCGAGAUGGAUUUGAACCAAAAGAUGCUACAGUCAACCCAAAUGAAGCAAUUCCUACUGAUGUAUUAGAUAAGUAUGAUAGUACUGAUAUGGAUACCAGUGGUUCUUUCUUAUCAUAUGGUACUUUAUGUUUUGUAAAAGAGAAUCUUGGAGAAAAUGAUGUUGCUAUGCAAUUCAAUAUAAAAAUGCAAUUCAUUGGAUUUAGACAACAGUCGCUUGAUGACAUUUAUGAUGAUGAUGGAAGUACAGAAAUGAGUCCUAUUACAACAAACUGUCUUCCAAAGAAAUUCUUGAAAAAGAAAAAUCUCAAUUAA